CAAACCACAGCCUCUGUCAUUAAAGCAGCAAAUUGGAGAAUUAAUCAUUCAUAUCUAUGAGUGUAACUCCUCCCCAACUCGAUCAAAGCCUUUAAUACAAGUGGAACAUGGGACAACACAUCAGCCUCGCCACAGAACAGCUUCUCUCUUGAACUUGAUCUGCAAACAGCAUGAGGACUCUUCAGGAAAGAAUCAUUGUGCUCUCCAUUUUCCUCUCUCUGAUCUGCACCAUUCAGGUGAAUUCUUUACCUGUACCUCAAGACUGGAAGGGUAUGCUCCAACGGACCAAGCGGUCACUCCUGUGGCGCUGGAACAGCAUGAAGCCUGUGGGUGCCAGCUGCAGGGAUCACCUAGAGUGUGGUACAAAAUACUGCAGGAAAAAUAUCUGUUCUUUCUGGAAUUCCACCUGAAGACGAGACACGCAAAUAUAACUCCAUCAGGGCGACUGUCUACAAAACAAACAUCUGCUUUCUGCACCAAAAGCAACCUGUCACUAAAUGAACCCUGUAUGAAAUUACUGCUCUGAUAUUCUGGCUUUAAACUGAAGACCCGCUGGCACUUUAUCAGACUCUGUGCAUUUGAAGUUAUCUGAUCUGAGUUGGCACUGCAGCAAAACAAAGUCAUAAAUGCUGAGUUCACACGAUGAGUCAAAUGGCUGCAUCUAGAGUGAUAUUCAUUUUUAGAAUUUAAUUUGUCUAAAACACUAGCGGGACGUCGGACAGGCUGUAUAAAUCUAUGUUUUUAAUAAGAAAAUAUAAAUUUUCAUGCAAAGUUUUUUGAGGUGCUCUGAGUUUAUUGGUUUAUGUUAUUAUUAUAUAUUUAUUUGUACAUAUUGUAAACCAUGUGAAUAUUCAAAUAUACUUCAGUUUUUCAAGAGGUUGUAUUGCCCACAUUUUGUUUGUCAACAAGUUCAGAACAAAUUAAAAUAGCUCCUAAAGCUGUUUCUACUUUUUCAGUACAAUGGGAAAAUAUGAU